AUGGAUAUUUCAAUGUUGUUGUUUUAUGAAGAAUAUAUAAUUAUAUUAGGCGAAUCUGAUCAUUUCAAAAGAUUUAAUUUUAAAAAUCUCGAUAUUCAUAGAAAAAAUACAAUUUGCAAGGCAAUUAUGGAUAAUAGCUUAGAAUCAUUCAUCAUAUUCACUGAGAGAGAUGAUUUUGAUAAAAAUCAAAGACUUGAAAGUCAUUUAUAUCCGGAUUAUUAUGAAGGAUUUUCACUACCUGAAUUGUGUUGUUACCAUGGAGCAGUUGAUUGUUUCAAGUUAUUAAGAACAAAAUUUAACUCAGAAAUAACUCAAACAUGUCUGCAAUUUUCAUUUUUAGGUGGAAAUCCAGAGAUCAUGAGUGAAUGUUUGAAAUAUCAAACACCAAAUGAAGCAUGCAUGAAAUGUGCAAUUAUUUCACACAACAUUGAUUUUGUUACAUUCUUGAUGAAUGAAUACAAUUUAGAGAUCGAUUUAGAUUAUUGCGUAAAAUAUAAGAAUCUUGAAUCAUUUUUAGUUUAUUACGAUCAAACUAAAGAUAUUGACAAUUGUUUUGGUAAUUCAAUAAGUUUUCGUAUUCCAUCCCUCUAUGAAUAUUUUCUUUCAUUAGGGGCAAAUAUGAAUUUUGCGCUCGACUGUAUGUUAAUUUGA